GCUUCCUUUGGGAGUUCGAGCCCAGUUGGCUCUUUGUCAUCUGAGGAUCAUGACUUUGACCCAUCUGCUGAAAUGCUGGUACACGAUUAUGAUGAUGAGCGAACUCUUGAAGAAGAGGAAAUGAUGGAAGAAAGCAAAAAUUUCAGCUCUGAAAUUGAGGAUUUAGAAAAGGAAGGAAACAUGCCGUUGGAAGAUUUACUAGCAUUCUAUGGCUAUGAACCCACAAUUCCAGUUAUGCCAGGUUCCAGUGCAAAUAGCUCGCCAAGUGAACUUGCAGAUGAGCUUCCAGAUAUGACUCUAGAUAAAGAGGAAAUCGCUAAAGACCUGUUGUCAGGUGAUGAUGAAGAAACACAGUCUUCUGCUGAUGACUUGACACCAUCAGUUACUUCUCAUGAAGCUACUGACUUCUUUCCUCGGCCACUAAGAUCAAACACCACAUGUGACGGAGAUAAGGAAUCUGAUGGUGAAGAUGUAGAGACAGACAAUGGUAAUUCAUCUGAAGAUUUGAGAAAGGAAAUAAUGGUUGGUUCACAAUACCAGGCUGAAAUUCCAGCUUACCUUGGCAGAUGUAGUGAUGAUGAAAAGGCUUAUGAAAAUGAAGACCAUUUACUUUGGAAACCUGAUGUGAUCUCAGAAAGUAAAGUUAGAGAAUACCUUUUUGAAACCUCCUUAAGAACAGGAAAUGAAAAAAUGAUUGGCAGAAUUCCUGAAGGACUACAUACACGGGACAAUGAGCAAGCGCUGUAUGAACUUCUUAAAAGUAGCCAUAAUGUUAAAGAAGCAAUUGAGAGAUACUGCUCAAAUGGAAAGGCAUCUCAGGAAGAGAUGACAGCAUGGACAGAAGAAGAAUGCAGAAGCUUUGAAAAUGCACUUCUGAUGUAUGGAAAAGACUUUCAUCUCAUACAGAAAAACAAGGUAAGAACCAGAACAGUUGCUGAGUGUGUGGCUUUCUACUACAUGUGGAAAAAGUCAGAACGUUAUGAUUACUUUGCUCAGCAAACAAGAUUUGGAAAGAAGAAAUAUAACCAUCAUCCAGGAGUUACGGACUACAUGGAUCGCUUAGUAGAUGAAGCAGAAUCCCUUGGAGGAGCAGUCCAUUCUUCAGCCUUAACAUCUAACAGUCGAACAGAAACCAUUCCUGAUCAACAACUAAGCAUUCUGAACUCUAUCACUGCCAAUGAGUUGACAGCACUGACAAACAGUGUAGCUACAGUCUGCCACAAUUCAGAUGUGAACUGCCUGGAUGACGCUUUUCCUCCUAUGGACAGCUUACCCCGAGCACCAGUUAAUCAUGUGCCUGUUGGAACAGAAGAAUUGCUUAACUUGCCUAGCAAUGGUGAAAGUGAUUGUUUUAAUUUAUUUGAGACUGGCUUUUAUCAUUCAGAGCUAAACCAAAUGAACAUGUGCAGUGAGGAGGCAGAAAGACCUGCGAAGAGAUUGAAAAUGGGGAUUGCUGUCCCAGAAUCUUUCAUGAAUGAUGUUUCUGUAAAUAACCUUGGUGUGGACUUUGAGAACCACACACACCAUAUAACCAGUGCCAAAAUGGCUGUUUCAGUGGCUGACUUCAGCAGUCUAUCUGCAAAUGAGACAAAUGGUUUUAUCAAUACCCACACUCUCCACCAACAUGCUGCCCUUCAUUCAGAAUGACUGUGGAAAACUAAAGAAACAGUGGGUACUUUAUGCAGUAGUAGUAAACUUGAUGGGAGCUA